CCCCCUUUGUCCAAGGAGAAGACAGUCGGCCAUUUUAAGUUUUUCAGUCGUCAUUUCACAUCGCUACAGUAGGACGGAGAACGUCAGGACUCACUUUCAUCAAAUUUCUCUUACAACUGUAGUGGAGAAUUGCCUACUAUGAACAGAAACUCUUCCUAAAAUCAAAAACAAGUAGAUCCUAGUGAAGUGACGCAUAAGACAGCAGAUUCCAGUGUCGACUUGUAAUUUUUUGCACCUCAAUGUAGCUAACGUUAGAGGAAAUGGCUGUGGAAAGCAUGACUGUCCAUCCAAACUCCCCAACUACCAACCACGAACACAACAGUCUCCUGACUGACGAAAGGCCAGAGGAUGGAGAGCUGGAGGAGGGCGAGCUGGAAGACGAUGGGGGAGAUUUGGAGGAGGAGGAGAUCGGUGUAGGUACUUCCGCAGCAGGAGGAGGCGGAGAUGGGGGUGACGAAGCAGGCGGAGGAGGUGAAGCAGGAGGAGGCGAAGAGCACGGGGAGCGGCAUCAGCGAAGCCGGGAGCGCCACGGCAGCAGCAAUUCGGAGGACGAGAGAGCCCACCGUCGCAAGAGGAAGCGGAAGAAAGAGAAGGAGCGCGAAAGGGAGAAGAGGAGGUCCAAGAAAAAACGCAGAUCCAAACACAAACGCCAUGCGUCCUCUGAUGAUGACCACUCAGACUACAGUGAUGACUCUGACUACAGUCCCAGUGAGAAGAGGAAGUACAGAGAGUACAGUCCACAGUACCCCCCUCCUUCCCAUGGUGGCUACGGUGGCUCAAAGAAAGGCGGCUACAUGAAGAUGGACAAGCAGAGCUAUGGUGGCUACGAUGAGUAUGAAGAUGACAACUACGAGGGAGAGGAAGAGGAGGACAUGGGGGAAGAGGACUAUGACGACUUCACCAAGGAGCUCAACCAGUACCGCAAGGCUAAGGAGGGAGGAGGCGGCCGCGGUGGGCGAGGCGGGAGAGGUCGUAUGAAGACUCAGAGAGGUCGUGGAGGAAUGAGGGGAGGGAGGAGGGGAAGAGGCGGGAACAGAGGAAGAGGAGGUCGAGGUGGAGGUGGAGGAGGAAAGAUGGGAGGAGACAACGACGAUGGAGACGGCUACGUGGAUGACAUGGAGUAUGGAGACGAUGACUACGACAACAUGGGGGAUGAUGACUACGACGACUACUCAAAAGAGCUCAAUCAGUACAAGAAGUCCAAAGACAGAGGUCGAGGAGGUAAAGGUGGCCGUGGGCGAGGGAGGGGCAAAGGGGGCCGUGGGAUGAUGAGAGGAAGGGGCCGAAACCGCGGGAGAGGAAGGGGUGACAUGGGGAUGGAUGACGACAACAACGGAGACAUGGACAACGGGGACGGAGGCGGAGGAGGUGACGGACCAGGAGUCGGGAGGAGGAAUCAUAACGAGAAGCACCAGGAUAAGAAAGGAAAGGCCAUCUGCAAGUACUACAUCGAGGGGAGGUGCACCUGGGGGGACCACUGCAACUUCAGCCACGACAUUGAGCUGCCAAAAAAGAAGGAGCUGUGCAAGUUCUACAUCACUGGAUUCUGCGCCCGAGCCGACCACUGCCCUUACAUGCAUGGUGAAUUCCCCUGUAAGCUGUUCCACACCACAGGGAACUGUGUCAAUAAUGACGAAUGCAUGUUCUCCCAUGAACCCCUCAACGACGACACCCAGGAGCUGCUCAACAAGAUGUUGGCAGAGGAUGCAGAGGCCGGAGCUGAGGAUGAAAAGGAGGUGGAAGAGCUGAAGAAGCAGGGGAUCAACCCUCUCCCCAAACCUCCUCCCGGAGUCGGCCUCCUCCCCACCCCUCCCCGACCUGUUCCUGUUGACACCAACACAGGAGCUGGGGACUUUGGCGGACCUAUGGCAGGUGAUUUUGGGGGUCUUCCUGGACCUAACCAGGGGCCCAUUCCCAAUAAAGGUCCACCAGGCCCGGGGCCUGUCCCUGUGCCUAACCCCUGUGCCGGUCCCCCUGUCCAUGGCCCUGACGGAAAUCCUUUCCAAGGUGGGCCCCCAAACCCCGCUGGCCCUCCUCCACACAUGGGUCCCCUACCUCCUUGUGGUGGAGGUGGAGGUGGUGCAGGGAAGAAGAUCCCGUCGUUGUUUGAGAUUAAAGUUCAGCCGACAGGACAGUUGGCUCAGAAACUGGCUGUCAGAAGCCAGACUCCCAGUGGUAACCAGGGUCAGACUGCAACACCCGGACCCCAAGGGGCCCCUGGUGCCCCUGGUGCCCCUGGUGCCCCAGGUGCCCCUCCCACCCGCUUCCCUGCACCCCCAGGCAUGAUGUCCCCAGACAUGCAGAACAUGGGCCCCAACCUUGGGAUGAACCAGGGGCCCCCCAACAUGGGUCCUGGUGGGCCACCCAUGAUGGGAGGGUUUGCAUCUGGAGAUGGUCCUCCACAUGGAGGUGCUAUGCCCCCUGGUCCUCCUCAGGGUGGGGGAAACUUCUUCGACAACUUCUUCAAUCAGCAGGAUGGUAUGCAGAUGGAGGGAGUGGUGCAAGAAGGUGACAACUACCAGGGCUUUGCGGGCAUGGAUGAGAGAGGAGGAGCAGGGAAGUUUGGCAAUCAGUCCGGUGGCCAAGAAGUUCCUGCUAAUGGAGCUUCAACCAAUCAGGGAGGGAUUUCUGUGCCUGACUUCCUGCCGCCGGCGCAGCGCGUGCUGUUCAUGAGGAUUCAACAGAAGCAGCAGGAAGAAGAGGAAAGAGCUCGCCGUAUAGCCGAGGGAGGAGCAGAGAAGAGUAGAGACGCUGAAGGUGACUCAGGGAACUGGUACUCCAGUGAGGAUGAGGAUGGUGGCGGUAGUGUGACCUCCAUCUUGAAAACGCUCCGUCAGCAGACCCAGGCUCCUCAGAAAUCUGACGGCCCUCCAAGCGACCCUCGUCUCCAGAAAGCUUCUUCUGCCACUGCUCCAGCUCGGCCGGCAGACCCCCGCUUGGCUCGGGAUCCACGUCUGGCACGCGCUGCAGAGUCAGCCCAAAUCUCUGACUCCACCCACUCCAUGCCUGCUCCGUCCUCCUCUGGACCGCCUGCAGACCCCAGGUUAGCCCGGCUAACUGCUGCUGCCUCAGCUGGAGCCACCUCCCUCUCGCCUCCCGCUCCUAAACCAGAGCCUCCUUUGGUCUACAAACCCCCGCCGCUUACAGCCCCGGCAGCAGAUGAGGAGGAGACGGAACGAGUUCUACGGGACAAACCGGUGCCGAUUCCUCUGGACCCACUCAUGGGCAUGGCUCUGAGAGACCCGCGCUCACAGCUGCAGCAGUUCAGCCACAUCAAGAAGGAUAUUGUUCUCCACAUGCCGGCCUUCUCCAAAACCAUCACCUGGUCUCCUGAAGAUCUCCUUCCACUUCCUAUCCCUAAGCAGGACCUCCUUCCACUCCCACCAGGCAUCCCUCCUGUCUCCUCCAUAGAACCACGUCUGUCCCGUGCUCAGCAGUCUCUCCACACGUCGCUGCCUCACACACAGCCUCCACCCGUACAGCCUCCUCCCUCCUUGGACCCUCCUGCUCCCUCUUCCUCCGCCUCUUCCCUCCCAGACUUUGAGCUGCUGUCUCGUAUCCUGAAGACCGUCAACUCCAGCCCAUCCCAGACUCCCUCCCCUCCUCUCUUACCCACCCCUAUUGCCCCAGUGGCACUGCUGGGUCCAGGGCCUCCCGUGCCUCCUGCACCUGUAGAAAAGCCUGUUGACCCGCGUGUGGCCCGUAAAGGCCCCACAGACCCCCGUCUUCAGCCUCAGAAGUCAGCACUGAAACCACCAUCAGAUACCGCACCUCCUCCUGUCUCCUCCACCUCCCCAGCAACAACCUCUAGCUCCUCCCCUCCUACCAUUGCUCCCUAUGACCCAAGGCUGCUCUCCUCAGGUGGGGCAGGGCGCAGUGUGGGAGCUGGGGCACCAGGGGGAGCCAGCGUGCUGAGCAGCAUCAGUCUGUAUGACCCUCGGACUAACAAACCAGGCAGCCCUGGUACCAGCAGCGGCUCCAGCAACUCCCCCAACUCAGCCAGCACAGAGUCGAAACCUAGUGAUCCCCCAGCGAGUAAACCCAAGUCCAAGGAACCCCUCUUUGUUCGAAAGUCUGCGUUGGACCAGCCAGAACCGGAAAAAAGUGGAGAGCAAGGGACCGAUCGAUACAACAGUUAUAACAGACCCCGACCCAAGCCUGCACCCUCGCCCAACUCCACGGCCCAGGGAGGGCCCGUCGCAGCCGGGGCAGCCACAUCAGGAGGUCAGGGUACUCCUGGAGCUGCUGUGGAUCAGGGGCCCGUGGGUGUCCACAACCUACCAGUGUCCUCUUUAUUUGGCGUGGUGAAGCAGGCAACCAAGCCUGGCGGGACGGGUAGCCCCUUUGGAGGCAACAGCCCGGUGCAGUCUGACCAGGCUGCCACAGAUCAGGACAACGCGUCACUGAAGGACGUUUUCAAAGGCUUUGACCCCACAGCGUCCCCCUUCUGCCAGUGACCCCCGAUUCACCCAAAUAGCCCAUCGCGUGGUCUGCCUGUUGGUUUGUUUUAACAUCUUCAGACCCUGAACACAUCAGUGAAAAGGAGAAAGACAAGCACACUGAGGCAACUGCCCCUGUAAGACUGGUGAAGAAGACAAAGUUUGGUGAACAAACUGACGUCACACACAUAUGCGUGACACACACACACACACACACACACACACACGGUGUUGCAGAUUCAGAUUCUAUAAGAGACUCUUGGGUUAUGGGAAGGGUUUAAAGUUAAAUCUCUAAAGCUCUAUUUUAAACAGACAUAUUGAUGUAUAAAUAAAUGUAUUCUCUUCAUCUCAGUGCUUAGCAAAAACAGUUAUGCAGACAGCGACAGAAACACAUUUAUAUGGAAGGAAUAUUUUAGCUUUUUUUUUUCCAUCGUCCCCCUAACUGCAGCUCCUCUUUUUCUAAGUUUUCUCCUCAUUUUUAAACUGUUUGAUGUGGUCGUCUGUGUUUUUGUGCAGUCAAAGAUGUGACACAUCUCAGUUUUUUUCCCAACAAAAUGUCGCUUUCAUUUGUGGUGUUUUUGUAAUAAAAUGAACAGCAGUGAGGCAGCACAACUAAGACAGUUGCCCAUCACAAACAGGUCACCCUCUGUAUCACUGCCUUUACUUCCCCUGUCCUCUUUAACCUCUGUGCAAACUGUCACACAACAGCAAACAUUUGUCACUAUGAGCCACCUUGUCACAUUUUCUGCAGAAAUACCUAAACUUAAAUCUAUAUUCUGAUUUUUUUUUAUUAGUAUUUAUUUUUCUACUGCUUUGCACUGUCAGUAUGUGUCCUCUGAGGGCUGUGUUAAUGUUUUUAAUACCUGUAGCUCCUCCACCUGUUCGUAUACUGUGUUUAAUUUCAGGUAUUUAGCGCUUACCCAUAACAGGUAACUUUGCUGGUGCAAGACGUGACCUGUGACCUUCCAGUACUGCCUCUCUGACCGUCAUGUCCCUUUUUCUCUCCCUAUGUGGCAGUUUUCACAUGAACAUUUUGUUUCGUCAGUUUGUGGCGUGGGUGGUCCACGUCCUUCCCUGUUAGCCUGUGGCAUCAGUAGGGAACAUUAAACACAUGGAUUUCAGGUUCAGUAUGUAAUCAUUUAGCCUUGGUUGGGUAACUAAUCUUCAUCUUCACCUUGAUCAAAAUAGGAUUCACCGUCUGUCUGUGAGCUUUUACUUACUGUGUUCUAACUGACUGUACUGACUGCGAGUGUUUGUUGGAAGGGAAUAAUGUGCAGCCUUACAGCAUCAGUUCAUAAGCUUUUGGCUUUAGUGUCUGGUCAGAGUUUGACAAUCAUAAACUACCUAAAAUUCAAUUAAUGCACGAGUCUUGCAUUGAUCUGUGCAGAUUGUUUCCUCCGCUGAGCUCUGCACAAAGAGAACCCGUCAGAAUUUCAGAUUUUAACAUGAUCGAUGUUAAGAAAUGCAGGUUCAGUACAGGCUGAAGAUGCUUUUCUCUCUCAAGUGCGCACUUCAUGGUGGAAAAUGUUCAAAUGGGAUGAACUCGCAGUCGUUUCUUAGUUUCUGCCACUCGACACAAACAUUCGGAGUCAGAAGUUCAUGCAGCGUGUGAAUCAAGGCGGGGAGGAGGAAGUUGUUCCCAUAAAGGUUAAGAUUGUGCAACAGCUGUCAGGAUUGUUAACCGUCUUGUGUGUAAAUGUUGAUCAUUUUAAUUUAUUUUUUAUACUUGGGUAAAUAUACUUCCUCACUUGACAUUUUUGAACUGAAUCAUUUUAUAUGCCGCGAAUAUGUGAUUACCGCUCGGUGCAGUGGCAGCCUGCGACAGCGUGACGAGAGGAGAAAGAUUUAUUUUUUUUAUUUUAUUUUCGUUUGGUUCUGUGUAUAACAAUUCAGACUAACAAAAAAAGAAGUUCACUAUGUCUCCCUCCUGCCAGGUCGUGAAAAAUCCUGUUAGGAGGCUGAGUUUCAGCUAUAGCAAGUGUGAAAGUUGUUGAUUUGUUCUUUGCCUCACAGCUUUUUUGUUUUAUAACUUAGUUUUUUCCUCUUGCUAUGUAAAUUUGACCAGUAUCCUGUCCUCGGAGGAGUGGAGUUUUCUAACUGUACACUGUAGGUGAGGUUGUCAGAGUAUUUAAAUAAAGUUGAUACAUGAUCAA